AUGCAUCUCUUACGAAAUGCCCUCCCUCUCCUCCCGUUCUGUAUCACAGGCACGGUCGCCGACUUUCUGCUCGGCACGUACCCUGCACCUCUUGACUUGAGCAGCGACGACAGCGUUGUUUCGGCAAGCUGGAAGAAUUUCACCGAGAAAUUUGAUGCCUACCUCAAAGAAGGUGAAACUGAAGGAGCAGAGGUUCUGUCAGGAGUGGAAAACAUUACCUUUUCAGUCGGCUUGUUUUCGCUCCACGAUCCAGCUGCAGGAACCCUACAUUAUCACUAUGCGUCUCCAGAGACUGUCAACGCCGUCAACGGCACCAAUGAUGUGGAUGGAGACAGCAUAUAUCGCAUUGCCAGCGUCACCAAACUCUUUACCGUCCUUGCAGGUCUGCUAUCCAUGACGGACGAGCAGUGGAACACGCCCCUUGCCCAAGUUUUCCCCCAGUUGGCCGAGUAUUCCAGUGAGAAUCCCGGAGAAGAUGACCCGAUUGACACGAUUCAAUGGGACAAGAUCACUGUCCGGGCACUGGCCAGUCACCUGGCAAGUUUUCCAGCUGGAGGCAUACCCGGCGUUGAUACGCUGUCUCAGUUGGCACUUACGGGAGACCCCAACGCCCUCGUCACCUCUCUCGGCUUCCCACCCGCAGACCUGAGCGAACUGGGGCCUUGCUGGACCAGCUCAGACUUUUUCUCCUGCUCCGUCGAGGACUUUCUCGAGAACGCGAAGUCACUGCCGCCGAACUACCUGCCCUGGUCAAAUCCAUCCUACAGCAACCCCGGCUUCAUCAUGCUCGGCAUCGCAAUUUCCACCAUCACUGGCCAGCCCAUGGACACCCUCUACAAUACAAACAUCUUCCAGCCCCUCGACCUGUCUUCUUCCAACUCAACAGCUCCCACCGGUGAAGAUGAGGUUGGCCGUUCCGUCGUCGUUGGCAAUGCUACCGAAUGGUUCGCCGCCGGCGGCAUCAGUACCCCUUCUGGAGGUCUCUUCUCUACCAUCAAUGACCUGAACAAAUUUGGGAUCGGCAUCCUGAAUUCAACCAUCUACGACGCCGACCGAACCCGCGAGUGGAUGAAACCCACAACCUUCACUGCCAGCCUGUCCUACGCCGUGGGUACACCAUGGGAGAUAAUUCGCUAUGUGAGCCCGGUCAGUGGCAAAGUCACGGAUCUCUACACCAAACUGGGCGACUCCGGCACUUUCGGCGGCGACCUCAUCCUCAUCCCCGAGUACAACGCGGGCAUCAGUUUCUUGAACGGCGCCUCCGACCCCAUCCGAAGCUCCGCGGCGCUCGCGGUCCUCGACCAGGUCGCCGAAGCUGUCCUGCCCGCGCUCGAGGCCCAGGCCGCGGCGGAAGCGACCCGCAACUUCGUGGGCACGUACGCCUCGACCGACCCGGCCCUGAACUACUCGGUGACCGUCGCGUUCAACGAAUCCACCGUCGAGGGCAGCGUGUCUGGCCUGACCCUGACCGGCUGGAUCUCCAACGGCACGGACUCGAUGCCCGCCUUCGUCGACGUCCUGCCUCGCUUGCAGCCAUCCAUUCCCAACCAAUCCGACGGCGCCGGCAAAGUGGCUUUCAAGGCGAGCACGAACCCGCAGACCAGCACGUACGCACCACUGGCCGAAGUGGGACUGGGCCCCUUCAGCGGCUUCUACAUGACGAACGGCGACUGGACUCUUGGCGAUGAGACUGGUGUAUACUAUGCGAAGAGGCCGUAUAACCGGUUUGUGUUUGAUGUAGAUGCCGAGGGCAUGGCGACGGCGGUCACACCCGCUGUGACGGGGAUGAAGCUAGAGAAGAGACAAAAGGAAUGA